AUGGUCCUUGGGAGGCUCAUCAUGCAUCUCGGUGCAGAGAGCUACAGCAUAGUGCCCGUGCGGUGGCUAACAAUUAUUUUUGUUACGGGAGAUAUAAUUGCAUUUGUGAUGCAAGCUGCAGGAGGAGGAAUCAUGGCAAGCGGCACAAUAAGCGCAAUGACAACAGGCGAACAUGUCACAAUCGGCGGCCUGUGUGUGCAACUCCUUUUCUUCACCAUCUUCGUGAUCACAUCCGUUGUCUUCCAUGUGCGUAUUCGCUCAAAACACACUCAACGAACUCUCGGAAUUCAACGAGAUCGUUCCGGAAAAACUGUUCGCAGCUGGGAAUCUGUUCUUUGGGGGCUAUACAUUGCCAGUAUUUUGAUUCUUGUGAGGUCAAUCUUCCGUCUUGUGGAAUAUGCACAGGGAAAUGAUGGCUAUUUGAUUAGCCAUGAGGUAUUCAUGUAUGUUUUUGACGGCGCUUUGAUGUUCUUCGCGAUGGUCGCGAUGAACGUAUUCCACCCUUGCACGGUUCUAAUUUCAUCUGCGAAAGGCGGGAGCCACCAAUUGGAGGAUCAAAUACGAGAAUCAUAG